AUGGGGCUCAUUGAAAACGAUGCUGGAACGACCAUUACCAACGGGUACGUACCAAGCUACAAGUAUCCCCAGCGCUAUCUGGGACAGGCAAGGCCGAUUCGCAUUGUUAUGGUUGGGGCAGGAGUUACAGGCAUUGCAGCUGUAAAGCUUUACAAGGACGUAUUUCCCCAAAGAGAAGUUGAGUUUGUGAUUUAUGAGAAGAACGAUGAUAUUACCGGCACAUGGCUCGAAAAUAGAUAUCCGGGAUGUGCCUGCGACGUCCCAGCUCAUGCCUACAGCUAUUCUUGGGAAGGAAAUCCUCGAUGGAGCCGAGUGUACGUUGAAGCUUUGGAGCUGUACGACUACUACAAAGGCCGAGCCGCCAAAUAUGGAAUCCAGGAAUUUGUGAAGCUCAAUCAUCGCGUUGAAUCGACAACAUGGGACAAUGAGGCUGGUAAAUGGGUCGUCAAUAUCACCGACUUGAAAACCGGCGAAAGCUUCAGGGAUGAAGCCGAGCUUUUCAUCAAUGGCGCAGGGUUUCUCAACAACUGGAAAUGGCCGGAAAUUCCUGGACUUCACGACUACAAGGGAAAGUUACUGCAUUCUGCCAGAUGGGAUGAUUCAUAUGAUUUCAAGGAUAAAACCCUGGCCAUCAUUGGAUCUGGAAGUUCAGCAAUUCAGAUUGUGCCUCAGUUGCAGCCAGUGGUCAAACAUAUGACAUCCAUCAAUCGCUCAAAGACCUGGAUUACUCCCGAAUUCGCUGCAGAGUUUGCCCCAGAAGGUCGAGCAGCAUUUUUCUCAGAGAUCCAAAAGGACAACUGGGAGAAAAAUAAAGAUGAAUACCUCAAGUAUCGCAAAUCAGUCGAGUCGACAAUGAACAAUUUCUUCCCCAUGCAGUUUAAAAACUCCGAUUCACAAAAGGCGGCGUACGAAAACUUUCAAAAGACUAUGAAAGAACGUCUCGGCUAUAACGAGGAUUUGAUCAGCAAGCUUGUACCCGAAUUUGAGGUCGGAUGUCGGCGUAUCACCCCUGGCCAUGGCUACCUUGAAGCACUUGCAUCUCACAACGUCACGGUUAGAAACGACAAUAUCGAAAGAGUAACGGCGGAAGGUCUCAAGAUGGCUGAUGGCUCGAUCAUUGCUGUGGAUGCACUUAUCUGUGCCACGGGUUUCGACACAUCCUACCGACCCAAUUUUCCGGUAAUUGGCUUCAACGGAGAUCUUCGAGACAUCUGGAAAGACGAGCCUAAGGCCUAUUUCUCGCUUGCUGCUGCGGGAAUUCCUAAUUACUUCAUCAUGAGCGGUCCCAACUUCCCCCUUGCAAAUGGUUGCCUGAUUCCAUGCCUCGAGACAAACAUCAAAUUCGCCUUUGCAGCGGCCAAAAAGAUACAAUACGAUGGCAUUAAAUGGUUGUCGCCAAAGCAAGACGCCGUCGACGACUACCAGGAGUACAAGGAUAGCAUUAUGGAGGACCUUGUUUGGACGGGAUCGUGUGCUUCUUGGUACAAGAAUGGAAAACGCGACGGCAAGGUUUGGGGACCGUACUCUGGUUCUUCGCUACACUAUCUUGAAUUGAUGUCUACGCCACGAUGGGAGGACUUUGACAUUGAAUAUCUAGCGCGAAACAGAUACGACUUCCUUGGAAACGGAAGAACGAGGCGGGAACUUGAAGGGGGAGAUCUUGCUUACUACGUACAAGAACCUGGGGCCGGAUUAAGUCAGGAGAGCUCCUAG